UCAUUCUCUAACUGUAGCUAUUAGGAGAUAGUAGAUUCAUCAAAACUUAUAAUAAACCUAAUUGGAGAAUGUUCUUUCACACUCUAAAGAUAUAGAAUGUUAUCAGCCAGUAAUGCUUGCCUUUUGAGUUACCCAAAAUCUAGGGCUUAGCUUUUUGAAGAUAAAGUCCUAAAUGCUAUUGAUUAUCUUAUAAACUUCUGGAUCAGUUAUGAACAGCCGUAUCUAGUUUUUAUACAUUAGGUCUACUCAUAGAUUGGGAAGAUUGCGAUGCUUUGGUUGAAUAAGUCCAUAGUCAUUUAUAAUUAAUGCCAACAACUCUGUUGUUCUUUCGAAUCAUUCAUGAAGCAACAGUCCAUAUUCUCUGAUCAGUCUUUCUUGUAUCCUUUAGGAGUCUCUCUGAUCAUUGAUUCACUUGCAUCAAAUUCUUUAGAUAUCUUAUUAGUACUGGCUCAGUAUAAUUCUUUGUCUCUUACUAUAACAAACAUAAAAGUCAAUUUCCAGA